AUAUUGGUCAGAUAAGGAUAUCAGAAGCUUAAGUGGUAUUUAUAGGUGUUAUGAUUGCUGUCAGAUAUCCAGUAGCCAAGUAAAAAGCGACAGGUUUAACUGAUAUCGCUGCCCAUAAAUCAUUUUUGAAGUGGUCAUAAGUGAAACCAUUAAAAUGAAAGCAGAUAUUCGCCUUUUAAUUCUCGCAAUAUUAAUAAUCGCCUAUAAGGAGGCCAUUGCCGCAGAAACUGGAGCGGCUUGUGGGUCUAUCCCGCACGGAGGUACCAAGGCUCACGAAAAAAGCUGCUCGCAUUUCUUGGUCUGCACCAAUGGCGUUCUAUUUGAAACUGCUUGUCCUCAAAACUACGGAUAUAACAGAUCAACCGAUAAGUGCGAGUAUAAUUCUGACUGUUGGGCGAACAACGGGCUAAAUCCAGGGAAAUCAAAGAUUUGCGCUAACCACCCAACUGGAUCUUACCUUCCAAGCAUCACCGGCUGCAGGGGUUUUUACUAUUGUUAUAAAGGAUAUGCAAUUCCCUCAAGUUGCCCUGUUGGAUAUGCUUUCCGACCCCUAGUAUCGACGUGUGUCCUAUCUGAUUUGGAAUGCGCCAAGAAAAAUUGAUAAAGAUAAUGCAUAAAUCUAGGUUUAGUUAGUAGAUUCGUUUGACAGAAAAUGGUACUCCUCGAAUAGUUCCUACUUACAAUUUUUGAUGAAUUUGGUGCAAACAGACUAGUUUUUUUGCUCAGUUGCUAUGAAUAAAUUAUUUUAGCGCUUAUA